GUUGACAACUUUUUGGAUAACAUCAAAUGGAUGAUCGACUUCUACCCAUUGCCAUAUAUUGUGUGGAAAAUUUUAUGGAAAUUUAUCUGCCCAUUGAUAUAUUCUGCGAUGCUUUCACUAGCCUGGUUCUCAUACAAACCGCUGUCAUAUGAGAACUACAAAUUUCCGCUAUAUGCGGAAAAAAUUGGUUGGGCCCUCUCGCUAGCACCACUUCUUGCCAUACCAAUAACGGCACUAGCGAAAUUUUGCCUGGCCGAUGGAACGAUUAUUCAGCGAUGGAUGGAUCUGUUUUGUCCGGACGAUGAAUGGGGCCCGGCUCUUGCGGUACAUCGUGCCGAGUAUUAUCCACUGCAAAUUCCUGAAGCAAGACGACUUGUUUUUCCAGCACAGAAACAGGUGCACAGUGAAACUUACUAA